AGCACGCGCACGCGCACACGUUAAACGCUGACUUCCAAGCCUUUCCUACUCACAUCUUCUCAAUUGGCUUUUGCCGCGCUGCCGUUCGCACGUUUGCGGUGAUUAUUCGAUUUCUUGAUACAACGAAAGAAUUUUUUUUUGCUGUUGUGGGUGGCUUGCUGAAUUGAAUCAUUGUUCGGCGUUUAAUUCCGUUAACUCCUCUCAUUUUUUUUUCCUGUAUGUGUAUGCAUUCGCGUUUGUUUAGCCGGAAUCAAUUACCACAACAACAUAAGCGACAUAUUUUCCCUUUGUCAUCGUAAUUUGUGUGCGUCGUGCCGACGCACUUCGUUUGGUUGAACACACGGAUUCCGAAGAGCCACAACAAACGCCGUCAGCGAAAACGACACGGAAUCCCUCAAGCUGUGAAACCAAGAACCCCCAAAGCGACAUUUAUCAGAAAACAGCAAAAUGACGAACGCUGCCCCUCCCCGCGACGCCGUUCCACCGGAGGACGAAUCCCCGGUGGUGUGCCCGGCCAAGAAGUACAUCUUUGACCUCCGCUCCUACGUGUGGAAGGAGAUCGACACUCUCAUUCGAAUCCCCCAUCCUGCUAAAGGCAUCGGACACGGUGGAAUGCGCGUGUGCUACGAGGUCGACGACCUGGACGAGGAGGGCGCUGGCAUGCCGAUGGUGGCGAAGAUGUUUCGCCGCAACAUCAGCGACGUCGUCGAGAAGGACUACUUCAACGAGGGCGAGGCGCAGUGCAUGUGCGAGGAGUUCGCCACUAACUUCAACCGCAUCCACCUCGACUCCAUGCACAAGCCGAACAUCUCCUUCCUGCAAUGCUACGUCGUGCGCAUCCCGCGCAAGAACAUCCCUGAGGAGUACCAGAACAAGCGCACGGGAUUCUUCUCCUACAAGACGCAGGAUACCCGGGAGGUGAUGUUUGUGAUGGAGCCAAUGUUGAGGGGCACCUUCACCAAGUACAACAGUAACUACGGCGAGACCUACCGUGAGGACAAGAAGGCAGCGCUUACGUCGACGCAGGCGAAGCGGCGAACGGAGAUCUUUGAGACGGCCGAGGCCUUCUCGCACUUCUCACUAGUAGAGAGCGGCGGUUCGAUGCUGCUGUGCGACCUGCAAGGCGUGAAUGACUUCCUGACAGAUCCGCAGAUUCACACGGAGGACGGUAAAGGUCUGGGCAUGGGUAACAUGGGCCAGGAGGGCAUUGACAAGUGGGUGGAGAAGCACGUGUGCAACGAUAUGUGUCGUGCUCUGGGGCUGCAGCCGUUGCAAGGCGACGUGCGCGCUCAGCUGCAGAGCCAAAAGCCGGUGACACCGUCGCAGCUGGUGCCGCUCACGAAACCCUUAGCCGAGAUGAGUGAGGCAGAACGUGUCGAGUACGCAAUGAAGGUUUCCCAACUAAACUACUAA